UUGGGGCAGUGAUUUGACCGAAAUACCCUUAUAUACUGAUAUAUAUACUGCCGUCCAGCCCUGGCAAUUCGCAUUCUGCUGAAGAAGUAGCGGAUACAAAGAAAAUCGGAAGAUCGUGGAGGAACACGUUGACAGCCGAAAAGUACAGCUAUAGCUAACUAUUGGAGUCAAUGGGCACUGUAGUAGAUGCUCCGAAAGCAGCAUAUACAACCAUGGAUGCAGUUGGGAGAUUGAAAGAAAAGGGAGUUAAAGUUGUUUUCGUCUUAGGUGGACCUGGCAGUGGAAAGGGCACCCAGUGUGCAAACAUUGUUCGUGUAUUUGGCUUUACACAUCUCAGCGCAGGCGAUCUUCUUCGUGCAGAGAUUAAAUCUGGCUCAGAAAAUGGCACAAUGAUUCAAAACAUGAUUAAGGAGGGAAAGAUUGUUCCAUCUGAGGUAACAAUCAAGCUUUUAGAGAAGGCCAUGCUGGAAAAUGGAAAUGACAAGUUUCUCAUAGAUGGAUUUCCUCGAAAUGAGGAGAAUCGAGCUGCGUUUGAGGAAGUUACAAAGAUCGAACCAGAGUUUGUGCUGUUUUUUGAUUGUCCAGAGGAAGAGAUGGAGAGGCGCUUAUUAGGACGCAAUCAGGGUAGAGAUGAUGAUAAUAUUGAGACUAUAAGGAAACGUUUCAAGGUUUUCUUAGAGUCGAGCUUACCCGUGGUUGAUUAUUACAAUUUAAAAGGCAAAGUUCGGAAGGUUGAUGCUGCAAAGCCUAUAGAUGAUGUCUUUGAGUCUGUGAAAGUUAUUUUCUCCAAUUUUAGCAAAAAGGGUGCUUAACUUGUUUGGAGGGUUUCUACCCAAAUAUUACAGAAUGUUUAAUUUUACUUGUCAAGGUACUGUAGACUUCCUCGCUUUUGUGUAGCUGUAGCAUGGAACCUGAUAUGUUGAGUAUGUUCUAAAGAAUUUAUACCAGAUAUAGCAGAUCGUUAUAUCUAAUCUUUGUCUGUUAUUUUCGCAGCUGUUAUGUUUUUUUAUUUUCUUUCUUAAUAAAUAUUAUUAAUAAUGUCCUAUAAGACUUUGAAGAACAAUGUCACCCCUGUAGAGCUGAAAAUUUGUGUAACUUGUUAGUCCUGAUCACGCAAUGUGUUGUGGCAAUUUAAAGUUCUUUUCAUUGUAGAAGAUACUAAUGCACAUUAUUUAAUUUCAUUUGCGGUAAUUUUGUGAAUGAUUUGAAUUUAAUACAUGGAUUAUUCAU